AGGCAUAAAGCACACGGCUCACCUAGGCUCUCCACAGACACAGAGAGUAAUAAGCAACAACGACGCAGCCACAAUGCAACAAUCUUUUCCGAUGAACGGAGGGGAUGGACCUCAUAGCUACCUCAACAACUCCCAUUUUCAGAGACAAGAUAUGAAUGUGUCGAGAACUAUGAUUGAAGAGGCAAUUGCUAAGAAGCUUGAUGUAAAGUGCUUCUCUUCAAACCCGUUUCGUCUUGCAGAUUUGGGAUGUUCAGUUGGGCCAAAUACCUUCAUAGCAAUGCAACAUAUAGUGGAAGCUGUAGAAAGGAAGUACCUGGCGCAAGGUCUCAAAUCUGAGAUGCCCGAAUUUCAAGUCUUCUUUAAUGAUCAUGUGGGUAAUGAUUUCAAUACCCUAUUUGCAUCCCUCCCAACUGAGAGGCGGUACUUUGCCUGUGGCGUCCCGGGUUCUUUCCAUGGUCGGUUAUUCCCGGAGUCAUCUAUCCAUUUCAUGUUUUCCUCUCAUGCACUCCACUGGCUCUCAAAGGUCCCUGAAGAGUUGUUGGACAAAAACUCCCCUGCAUGGAACAGGGGAAGGAUUCACUACACAAGUGGCCCAGAAGAAGUAAGCCAUGCUUAUGCAGCUCAAUUUGAGCAUGACAUGGAGAUCUUUCUGAGUGCCAGAGCUAAGGAACUUGUGGUUGGAGGGAUGAUAGUGGUUCUCAUUCCAGCUCUCCCAAAUGGGAUCCCUGCUUCUCAAAACCCAUAUUGUGUUAUGUUCGAUCUUUUGGGAGCAAGCCUCAUGGAUAUGGCCAAGGAGGGAUUAAUUAGUGAAGCUCAAGUGGAUUCCUUCAACUUGCCUAUUCAUGUAGCCUCUCCCGAGCAAAUGACAGAGAUGGUGGAAAGAAAUGAGUGUUUAACCAUUGAGAGAAUGGAGUUAGUGGACUCUAGAUCAAAACUUGUUGGCCCGUUCAAUGGAAAGGAAUGUGCAAUGUGCCUUAGAGCUGGCCUGGAGGGAAUUUUUACCCAACAUUUUGGAAGUGGGAUUAUUGAUCAACUGUUUGAUAGGCUUUCCAAGCAAAUUAUGGAGUCCUCCCACAAGCUGGAAUCAGGCAACAAAGAAGGAACUCUAUUGUUUGUUGUUCUGAGGCGUAAAUGAUACUGUUUGAAGAUGAUCAUAAACUACUUUUCCUGUUAGUUUUCUUAGUCCCUUCUCUGAGACUAGUUUCAGGAUAUCAAUAUAUAUAUUGUCGUGAAGAUCCAGUGGAUCAUAAAUAAUGACCCAGAUUUGGGUAUCAACUCUAUAUAUUUACAAUAAUUGUUGUUGAGAA